AUGAAUCGCGCGCUCCCGACCCGGCUCCUCGCCGCCUACGACGGCUUGCUAACGAGGCAUCGCCUGGCCACCACCACCGUCAGCGGCGCUCUGCUCGGCGGCGCUGGUGACGUGGUCGUCCAGCACGCAGCAGCGUCGUCCGACGUCGACCGAACGGCCGCAUUCUUCAUUUUCGGCGGCGUGCUCACGGGGCCGAUCAACUACCGCUGGCUCGACUUCCUCGCGGCCGCGUCGAGAAGCAUCGCGCCGCAGGGCGGUGCCGCGUCUCUCGCCGCAAAGGUGGCGCUGCAGUCGACGGUCAUGCAGCCGCUGAUAUACCUCCCGUCCUUCUACCUGACUAACGCCCUCGUGCGCCGCUGGAGCGUGGCCGAGGCGGCUGAGCACGUCCGUGCCGAGUAUGCGGACACGCUGCGCAGACUCUGGCUCUUCUGGACGCCCUCGGUCUGCUUCGCCUUUGGCGUGUUGCCGCUCCGGCUGCAGGCGGUCUUCUUCGCCGGAGUCGGAUUCGCGUGGAACGUCGUCCUCUCGGCGUACAAUGGCGCAGGGCCGCAGCGCGUAGCCAGCGUGAGCCAAGAACAG